UGAAAGGGGGAUAACUGGAGAAUUCUGGCAACACAGCGCGAGUUUUCAGCCGCAUCGCGUAGAUCCUGCCAUAGAACUCCGGCGUGUUGCAUUUACGGCUGAGCAGAGAUUGGGACCAGUCAUGGCUGAUGAGGGAUAUGUUGUGAGAAUCAGGGGUCUGCCUUGGUCUUGUUCAGUGGACGAAGUUCAGAGAUUUUUCUCAGGCUGCAAAAUUCUGAGCAAUGGAGGUGGAAUACACUUCACCUACACAAGAGAGGGGCGCCCUAGUGGAGAAGCGUUUGUGGAACUGGAGACGGAGGAAGACCUGAAGAUGGCAGUGAAGAAGGACAGAGAAACCAUGGGUCACAGAUACGUAGAGGUGUUUAAAUCCAACAAUGUGGAGAUGGAUUGGGUCAUGAAGCACACUGGCCCAAACUGCCCAGAGACAGCAGGAGAUGGGCUUGUGCGCCUCCGGGGCCUCCCCUUUGGCUGCAGCAAGGAGGAGAUUGUACAGUUUUUUUCAGGGUUGGAAAUCGUGCCAAAUGGGAUAACAUUGCCGGUGGACAUCCAGGGGAGGAGUACGGGGGAGGCCUUCGUGCAGUUUGCUUCACAGGAUAUAGCUGAAAAGGCUCUAAAGAAACACAAGGAAAGAAUAGGGCACAGGUACAUUGAGAUAUUCAAGAGCAGCCGCGCUGAGGUUCGAACCCACUACGAACCCCAGAGGAAGCCUAUGGGGAUGCAGAGACCGGGCCCCUACGACCGGCCCUCAGGUGGACGAGGUUACAGCAUGAUGGGCCGAGGAGGAUCUUAUGACAGAAUACGUCGAGGAGGCUAUGGAGGAGGUGUAUCAGAUGGCCGGUAUGGUGAUGGCGGCUCUUCCUUUCAAAGCACAACAGGCCACUGUGUCCACAUGAGGGGGCUGCCAUACAGAGCCACAGAGACGGAUAUCUACAAUUUCUUCUCUCCAUUGAAUCCUGUCCGGGUCCAUAUUGAGAUCGGCCCGGAUGGGAGGGUAACUGGGGAAGCAGAUGUAGAGUUUGCAACACAUGAAGAUGCUGUUGCAGCGAUGUCCAAAGACAAAGCCAACAUGCAGCACCGCUAUGUGGAGCUGUUCUUGAACUCUACAGCAGGUGGCAGUAAUGGAGCCUAUAGCAGUCAAAUGAUGGGUGGCAUGAGUAACCAGUCAUCUUACAGUGGUGGCCAGCUGAGUUCGGGGUACUCUGGUGGGUACAACAGCCAGGGAAAUAUGGGCGGCUACAGUGAAUAUAUUAGGUAACCAGGGCGGAAUGGGAAGCAGUUACUACGGCGGUGGUGGAGGUGGAAGCAGAGGCUCAAUGAAUGGACUUGGUGGGGGAUGGGGAAUGUAGUUUUCUUUUUCCCUCUCACUCUCAACCCUUAAUUUGAUGUUUUUAACUCAGCAUUUUGCUGGAAGGACUGGAAAUGUCUCACUUUGUUUAACAUAGGCUGGCCAGGUGAGGUUGUUUUUGAAAAAACUGAGGGGUGGGGUUUGUAUUUUUUAUUUGUUAGUGCGUGAUAUACAGAGAGAAGUGAGAUCAUUAUUUGUUGUCACAAGAAAUGUAACUGAGGUGUUGUCUUCCUCAUUCCUCUCAGACCUGACUCAUUACAAAAACCACAUUAUUUUUCCAUUGUCCCGAACUGUGACGUUUAGUUCUCCAAAGAUCUGCCCCGUUUCUGAAGGUUAGCUCUUCCCGUGCUGGUGGACUUUAAACGAUACAAAGAGUGCGUGAGCAGAAAAACCAUCUGGUAUUUUUGGAUGUUUGAACUCAUUUUGCUUCUUCAGUGUUUUAGUUUAAAUGUAACUCUGACUUCAUGGCGUGCAGGUGUUUUUUUUCCUAAUGUUAUGACUGUUCAAUAGACUUUUAUGUUGUUGGGAUGAGGGCUACAUGAAUGGCAAAUGAGUCUAAACUCCGCUACCAUGGAGGUUUUUACAGCUUUGAAUGCUAUUUGUAUUUUCUGUGCACAAAGUGAAUAAACUAGUCUGGAAUACCUGAAUGAAAUAAG